AUGGGUAUUUCCAAUGACAGCAAUGACAACAGUCACAGUCAUUCCGCGGCUGCGAAUAACCAAGAUGCAACAGCACCAUCACCAGAAUCACAGGUUGUGCCAGAGGUAUCGGCCAAAGGCAUAGAUGGUAAACCCACUGCUGGAAUAAUGAGUCGGAUAUGGUAUAUCGUCACCUGGGUCCCGCCAGCAUGUCGGUACGACCCCGAAAAUCCGCCCAAACUUACACUGGCGUUGAAUAUCCUGUUUGGAAUCGCGUGCACAUUUACCGUCGCGAAUCUUUACUACUCUCACCCGCUCCUGAACAUCAUGGCCAUCUCAUUCGAUAUCACCCAGGAGCGAGCUAGUACAAUACCUACUGUGGCCCAGGCUGGGUACGCUGCAGGCCUGCUGUUUCUCUGCCCCAUGGGCGACAUUGUUAAGCGUCGGCCGUUUGUGCUGCUCUUGAUGGCAUUUACAGCCACGAUAUCAUUGGGCCUCUGCCUGACUAAGAGCUUUGAAGCCUUUGUUGCACUGAACUGCAUUAUGAGUGUGACAACAGUGACUCCGCAAAUCAUGCUUCCCCUAGUCAGCCAGCUCGCAGCCCCUAAUCGCCGAGCUACAGCAAUUGCCAUCGUGGUCUCUGGUCUGCUGCUCGGGAUUCUCAUAGCCCGUCUGCUGUCUGGAAUUAUCGCCAACUACUCGUCCUGGCGCAACGUGUACUGGAUGUCAUUUGCCCUGCAAUACGUCAUUCUCGUACUCCUUUGGUUCUGCAUGCCCGACUAUCCGCAAACGAACAAGGGCAUGAACUAUUUCCGCAUGCUCUUUAGUAUUCUAGGGCUCAUUGUGAAGCAUCCCCAGCUGGUUCAGUCUUGCCUGAUUGGCUUCUUUGUUUCGUCGACUUUUACUUCCUUUUGGACCACCCUUACAUUUCUGCUAUCGGGAGACCCAUAUAAUUAUUCCACCGUGGUAAUUGGCCUCUUCGCGCUCGCCGGCAUUGUUCCCAUGCUCUCCGGCCCCUUUUUCGCAAACAGAUUCACCGAUAAAUUCCACACCCAUGUCUCCGUCCUCAUAGGGCAGAUCUUUUGUCUCAUUGGCAUUGCAAUUGGUACAUAUACAGGCAAAAUCACCGUUGCGGGGCCUAUUAUACAAGCCAUUAUUUUUGAUUUCGGUCAGCAGAUUUCACAAGUCGCCAACCGCACGGCCAUUUACGGGGUUGAACCCAAGGCGGCAAGUCGCGUGAAUACAGCGUACAUGGUAUCUGUCUUUUGCGGCCAGCUCAUGGGCACGGCUGCAGGGAACGAUUUGUAUGCUAGAGGAGGAUGGAUCUUGUCGGGUAGUGCGAAUAUAGGGUUCAUAGGCGCUGGGAUGGUUAUUUUGCUUCUCAGAGGACCGAAGGAGACGCGGUGGUUGGGUUGGCGAGGAGGCAUCGACCUGAGAAACAAACACGAUGAGGAUGGUGAUGAUUCUGCUCAACCGCAGCGUCAGAAUGAAUCACGCGGUGCUGUUCAGGCUGAAGGAACAGACAGUUCGCCGUCGGAAAACACUGUAUCGCCCCAGCAAGGUGAUUUCGAGAAAGGAGAUGUUCAACAAUCUGCCACAGCCGGCCGCGUAUCGGAGUAG